AUGUCCAUGUCCAGUAAUGUGGGUGGUCAAGCUGGAGGUGGAGCAGGAGGUAGAGAUGGAGAUAGGGAGAAUAUUGACCUUAUGUAUGAAUUGACAAAUUUUUUUUGUAAAGUGAGAACAGCUAUUAUGGUUGUUGAAUUAGAGAAGCCAAGCAAGUGUCGGUUGUAUUUCGUGUGUGAGAAGAAGGAAUGCAGAUUUUGGGCUUGGUGUGACCCACACACCAUAAAAUGGACCCCACCAGAUGAAAACACAGUUGAGAAGUCUGAUNCCCCACCAGAUGAAAACACAGUUGAGAAGUUUGAUGAGACUGAAGAUAAAAUCGCCACAAGCUUGAGGUUUCAGUCAAUUGAAGCAAAUAUUGCACUCUUCAAGCUGCUAGCAGUCACCACCAUGUGUCCCCUUGUAUUGUACUU